AUGAAGCUCCUCUUUUUCUUAAUAACAGCUUUUGCCCACAUCAGCAUUCCUCUAACUCGUAAAAUAGACUUACCUUUUUUGCAAUACUUCACAAAUCCCUUGCUACUUGUCACAAACAUUUCAACCCCUCUCAAUAAUUAUGAAAAUGUAUCUUAUAAGCAGGUGCAAUACAGAGGAAACGUAAGCAUAGGCACACCUCCUCAGUAUUUCGAGCUGACCUUUGAUACUGGCUCUUCUGUAUUUUCUAAUUAGUGAAUUUGGGUCGUUUCGAAAGAAUUUUCAUCUAAUUGUCAUCCUACAAAAUCUCAAUUUAUUUCUAAUUCGUCAUCAACCUUUAUACCUACGAAUACUACAAUUACUUUAAAUGUACAGUCCAAUUAGUAUAACAAAGGCAAAGCAAUUGGCAAAAUAUCUGAGGAGUCAGUUGCUGUAGGAAGCCAUGCACAAUUUAUAGCGAAAAAACAGAAAUUCGUGCUUGUAAACAAAGAUUAUGAUUUUGGAGCAUUAGAAGCAGAUGGAAUAUUAGGAUUAGGGUUUAGUAGGCUAUCUGAAGGGUUUAAUACUUUUAUUAUGAACUUAAAAGAGCAAGGGGUAAUUGAAAAGGCUGUUUUUGGGCUUUAUUUGAAUGAUAAUGAAUUCGGUGAUUCUACGCCGAUUCCAAAAUCAAAUAUAAUAUUGGGAGGCUAUGAUUUAAAUCAAUAUGCUUUAUCAAAAGAAAUUACCUAUGUUAAUGUUUUCGACGAGACUGGAUACUGAGCUGUUCAUUUGCAUAGUGUCAAGAUUGGCAAUAGUCAGCUAAUGCUGAAGUCAGCCAUAGCAAUUUUAGACACAGGAAGCAGUUUAAUAUAUGCUCCUAAUGCUGAAGUACUUCAAAUUAUGAUUGACAUAGGAAAUGCAGGGAGCUGCUAUCAGCUGUAUGGAAUGCUUGUUUGUGGGUGUGGAGAAAAAAAUCCAUUGAGUAGUUAUUGAUUAUUAUAUUAAAUAUGCUCCUUGCUUAAUAGCAAGCAUAUUAAAUAUGAUAUUUCGAUCUGGGCAUGACCUCCCAGCUAUAUAUAUUAUAUCCGGCAAAGUUUUUGCCAAUUCAGAAAUGGAUAACAAAAAAAUUCCAGCAGUGUGCAGAGCCUAGACUAAGCCCGUUUUUAGGAUUGGAAUUUUAUCUCGUGGAAUGGAAGGAUAAGAAGAUGGUAAGGAAAGCUCGGACAAUCGGGCAAAUUCCUAUCGUGAAUCCUGGAGUUAAGCCUGGGCUUCGAUUCGACCUUUUGCAGAAAGAUGACCAGAAAUUCCUUUUUUUUGGAAUUUCUGUGAGGCAGCCAUGCUAUAAUAACCACCCGCUGUAGGGACGCAGAUAGUCUGCUCACUUAAAACUGGAGCUGAAAAGCAAGGAGGAGUUCUCUGCAAGCUGUAAUUCCGAUCUAGAUGGUACACGACCAGAAGGGAGCAAAGUGAUGCCCGAGCCAACUUAUCAGGCAAGUAAUCCCAACCGAAUGGCGAAAAAGGGCUUCGCAAAGCGGAUAAAUUCACAAGGAUCUUUGGUGGCUGUGUAACCAACAAGGCCUAGCCUACCUAUUUAUUAAGAUUAAGGCAGAAUUAAUACCAAGCUCUUUUUAAUAAUCGAUAAGUUAUUUACUGCCUAAAAAUUAAUUUAAAAUGGAAUAUCCUGUUAUAACAUUAAAGUUAGGAACGCAUUUAUAUAGUUUGCUGCCUGAAUAUUAUUUCUGGAAAUAUGAAGAUAGAUGCACUUUAUUGAUAAUGAGCUUUAACAAAGGAAAUUUCUGAUUACUUGGUGAUGUGUUUUUAAGAAGAUAUUACACAAUUUUUGAUAUGGAAAAGUCAAGAGUAGGAUUUGUGCCUUCUAUUAACAAUUUAUAUAGAAAAUCAGAAACCAGAAGCAUAUGAGAUUAUUGAGUUGUGAUUGUUUGUAUAAUAGGCUCUAUUACAGUCGUUAUAGUGGGUUUUAUUUGCUAUAAAAAUUGAAAAAGAAAUCAUCAAAAUAUUCAUGAGUUUUAA